CUCAGCCUUGCCCAAUGAGCCUGAGAGUGAAGCUUGCAAGUGAGUGCACCGGCUGCAGAUUGUUUCUUUUCUCAAUGGCAGGUAUGGCGGUGACAACCAAAUGCCCUGGUAACUGACAAUGUUAGGACUGUCGAUGAUGAUUCUCUCGGCCUCUGUUCGUUGUUGUGUAAUUGCAUUCAAUUUACAGGGAUAUAGAUGCUCAGUACGGUUAAUAAGAAAGACUUUAAUCUUUCCAAAGACCCUCAAACUUUCAUGGCAACCCUUUAAUUAUUUCUCUCUUUUCUCUCGAAUGUUUCUUCACUUUGGCUCAAACCAAGAAAACCUCUCAAGAAAACUCAUGCCCUUGUGCGAUCUCUCUGCCCGGCAGUCUUACGUGGAGUUCUCAAACAACUUCUGCGAAUCCAUGAAAGCAUGCUCAUCCCUCAAAUCUACACCUAUUGCGCGAAAGCUUCAUGCUCAACUCAUUUCUACAGGCUUGGAGUCUUCCAUUUUUCUCCAAAACCAUCUCUUGGAUACGUACUCCAAUUGUGGCUUGGUUGAUGAUGCCUUCCGUGUUUUUCGCGAUAUCAAGUUUCCUAACGUCUAUAGUUGGAAUAUAAUGAUUGGUGGGCUCUUAGGUUCAGGGCGUUUGGCAGCAGCAGAGAAGCUGUUUGAUGAAAUGCCUGUGAGAGACGUUGUUUCUUGGAAUUCGAUGAUGUCCGGCUAUUUCAAUAAUGGCCAACCAGAGAAUACUGUUAAGGUUUUCGCUUUGAUGAUUCGGGAUUUUAAUUGUGUUCCUGAUCAUUUCUCUUUUGCCCGUGCCAUGAAGGCUUGUGCUAGCCUUGGGUAUCUUAGCUUGGCUUUCCAAUUGCAUGGUAUGGCUAAGAAAUUUGAUUUUGGGAAUGACAUGUCUGUUGAGGCCUCCAUUGUUGAUAUGUACAUUAAGUGUGGUGCAGCAAAUUUAGCUGAGAUGGUGUUCUUAAGGAUUCCAAACCCCAAUCUGUUUUGCUGGAACAGCAUGAUUUAUGCUUAUUCAAAGUUGUAUGGUGCGGAUUGUGCUCUUGAUUUGUUCUUCCAGAUGCCUGAAUGGGACACUGUUUCCUGGAACACAAUGAUUUCCAUCUUGGCUCAGCAUGGGUUGGCUAUCCAGACUCUUGAGAUGUUUGUUGAGAUGUGGGGUCAAGGAUUCAGAACAAAUUCCAUGACAUAUGCUAAUGUUCUUAGUGUAUGCACGAGCAUUCCUGAUUUGGACUGGGGUGCCCAUUUGCAUGCUCGAAUCAUCCGAAUGGAAACAAGUCUUGAUGUGUUUAUUGGCAGCGGUUUGAUUGAUAUGUAUGCAAAAUGUGGAUGUUUAAAACCUGCGAGGCGAGUGUUUGAUAGCUUAACGGAACACAAUGCAGUUUCAUGGACUUCUUUAAUCAGGGGCAUGGCUCUAUUUGGGCUUGAAGAGGAAGCCUUGUCUUUAUUUAAUCAAAUGAGAGAGGCCCCUGUAGCACCUGAUGAGUUUACUCUUGCCACUGUUCUUGGGUCUUGUUCAAGUCCAAAGGAUAUUUGCCUUGGUGGACAGCUCCAUGCGUGUACUGUGAAGCUUGGAAUGGAUUCCUCCAUUCCUGUUCGGAAUGCUCUUAUUACAAUGUAUGGAAAAUGCAGAGAUAUUCAGAAGGCAAUUCACAUGUUUGAAUUUAUGGCAAUAAAAGAUAUAAUUUCAUGGACAGCAAUGAUAUCGGUGUUCUCUCAACAUGGCUAUGUUGACAAAGCCAGGGAAUAUUUUAAUAAAAUGCCUGCACAGAAUGUUAUAACUUGGAACUCAAUGUUAAUGACAUAUACACAGCAUGGGCUUUGGGAAGAAGGUUUCAAAUUGUUUGUUUUAAUGCUGAAGGAAAGGGUUAAGCUGGAUUGGAUUACUUUUGCAGCUUCAAUUAGUGCUUGUGCUAAUUCUGUUGUAUUAAAACUCGGGAAUCAAAUUAUAGCUCAAGCAAAUAAAUUAGGGUUUGAUUCUAAUGUUUCAGUGGCAAAUAGUGUUAUAACUAUGUAUUCAAGGUGUGGACAAGUUGCUGAGGCCCGGAAAGUUUUCGACUCAAUUGCUGUGAAAAAUUUGAUAUCCUGGAAUGCAAUGAUGGCAGGAUAUGCUCAGAAUGGACAAGGAAGAGAAGUGAUUGAUACUCUUGAGAAUAUGUUAAAGACGGGAUGUACACCUGACCAUGUAAGCUUUGUCGCUGUACUAUCGGGUUGUAGCCACUCAGGACUUGUAUUAGAAGGACAGCAUUUCUUCAAUUCCAUGGUUAAAGAUCACGGAAUAACACCGGUGCAUGAGCAUUACGUGUGCAUGGUAGAUCUACUUGGCCGGGCUGGGAUGCUAGAACAAGCUGUAAAUAUGAUUGACGGGAUGCUCUUUAAACCAAAUGCUGCCAUUUGGGGAGCCCUACUUGGUGCUUGUAGGAUCCAUGGCAGCACAGAAUUAGCAGAAUUGGCACUGAAGAACUUGCUUGAGUUGGAUGCAGAAGAAUCCGGAGGUUAUGUCCUUCUGGCUAACAUGUAUUCAGAUCAUCACAAAUUAGAAGGUGUUGCAAAUGUAAGAAAACUGAUGAGAGAGAAAGGGAUUCAGAAGAAUCCUGGUUGUAGUUGGAUUGAGGUCGAUAAUACGAUGCAUGUGUUUACUGCAGAUGACAGUAGUCAUCCACAAAUCAAUGAUGUUUAUAGGAUGUUAGAGGACAUUAUUAAGGAGAUAGAAGAUGCAUAUUACAAAAAUCAAUUCUGCUAA